AUGUUUCAGGAAGUUCGAGAACUUUCAGACAAAUUGCAAAACGAAAAAGCAACAGUUUCAAGAGCAGUUGCUCAAAAUCGUGAACUUAAAGAACAGCUAAUCGAAUUGCAAGAUAAGAUUGUCGUUUUAUCACAGGAAAGUAUGGAAAGAGAAAGUGCUCGUUUAAGUGCUCUACAUGUUGUCGAACAACUUCAAACGCAAAUCGAUAAUUAUGAAAAUGGAAAACAAAUUCCUCAUCAGAAAUCCAAUCAGCCAUGUAACGGUUGUGCUGAAAAAAAUCAGAAAUUUUCGCAAAAUGAUAGAUUUAAGGAUUUUGGUGCCUCAACGUCCCUUCCGAAUAUUGUUGAAAGCGAAGCCAAUGAAACAAAACGUUUAAAAGAGGCUCUUGUACUUAAUGAAGCCGAAUUGGCGCAUUUACGAAUCGAAUAUGGAGAAUUAAGGAAAGAACACAGAAGAGUUUAUCAAGAAAAUGAUGAACUUAGAAGAAUUAUGCAACAGAAUUCUGAAGAUGAAAACCAAAACAGCAUCGUAAUUGAGUUGGAGCAAGCCGUUGCGAGAAUAAGUGCCUUAUCUGCUGAAAAUCUCGAAUUGCGUGAAAACCUCGAACUACAGGCGAUCAAUAACAAUAUCAGUUUAUCCACAAUAAACAACAUAUCACAGUGCGAUUCUAGCAACAGUGAAAAUUAUAUUGCUGGGAACGGAUCAACAGCAGCUGAAGUGCCGGUGAUGAGAGAAAAACCUUUAGCUUGGACUGAAUUGGAAGCUCGUUUUUCUGACGCAAUGCGUCAAAAUGCGGAACUGAUCGAAGAAAAGGAAUAUUUAGAACAUAUUAUCCUGCAACUACAAAGCGAAAAUGAUACUAUCGGUGAAUAUGUAACAAUCUAUCAACAUCAGAGAAAGAUGGUAAGAGAAAGAAUGCGACAGCGUGAAGAAGCGAUGGCCAAACUAUCUUUAGAAAAAACUAAAAUGCAACAAAAGUUGAUGGAGCUGCAAAGCUGUUUAGUAAAUAUUUUUACCAAAUACGGUAUCAUACAAGAAUAUGAGCAAAAUAAAACAUCAGGAAAACCAAAUAUCAAUAUUGUUUCGAAACGGAAGAAUAAAAUGCGUACUUACAGUCAUAGUAUUGUCGAUGAAAUUUCUGGUAGUAAUGAAGUCAUAGUUGGCGACCAAAAUAAAAAUGAACUUGCAGUCCUUUCUGAGGCUAAAGAUAGUCGUUCCGGUGGAUCAGAUGUUGUUGGUGAAGCUAGUUCUCUUAAUGGUUUUGUGUCAAAGAAGUCAAUCGGAAUUGACGAUGAGUUCAGUGUCAAAAGAAUUAUGAAUAUUAUAACAGAAUUACAAGACAGUGGACGCGCGAUGAUGUUCCCGCCUUGUGGUCCAAAUGUACAUUGUCCUGAAUGUAGUGGUAAACUUAUAAACUUGUGA